CGCUUUGCGCCGGCAGCGCUCGCGCUCUUUACGUCUGAGCCCAGGGAGUAGGCGUUUCCGGCCAUUCAUACUCCUAGUCUUUCGGACCUCGGUAGUCGGGUUUUGUGCACGAUCCCACCGAAACGGUGACGGUGCCGCUAGGAUGAAGCUCGUAAGAUUUUUGAUGAAAUUGAGUCACGAAACUGUAACCAUCGAAUUAAAGAAUGGAACACAGGUCCAUGGAACAAUCACAGGUGUAGAUGUCAGCAUGAAUACCCAUCUUAAAGCUGUGAAAAUGACUUUGAAGAAUAGAGAACCAGUACAGCUGGAAACACUGAGUAUUCGAGGAAAUAACAUUCGAUAUUUUAUCCUACCAGACAGUUUACCUCUGGAUACACUACUUGUGGAUGUUGAACCAAAGGUGAAAUCUAAGAAAAGGGAAGCUGUUGCAGGAAGAGGACGAGGCCGAGGAAGAGGAAGAGGACGUGGUCGGGGUAGAGGAAGAGGGGGUCCUAGGCGAUAAUGUCUCUCAAGAUUACUAUUUCAAAGUGAUACAUGAUUGGGGAUAUUUUUUGUACAGGUUUUGUUUGUUUAUGUCAGUUUUUAAUAAACAUAAAUGUAGGACAGA